AUGACUGAUCUGCAGGAGCGCCGGCUCGCUGAUCUGAUGCUGUGGGAAGCGAGUAUUUCGGCCGUGCUGUAUGUUUCACGGAACGAGGACGAAAUCAAGAGUCCACGGACGAAAAAAUGCGUCGCGAUACUGGACCGCCUUGCUUAUGGGACAUGGAAGUGCUGCUGGUGGGCUGUGGACAGCGCGUGGAAGACUAUAACAAGGUAUUUCCAGAGCUACAUGGACGAAGUGGGCGUCGUCCACCCGAAAUGGGACGAGGUGGCAGACGAGCUUGAACGCUGCCGACGGGAGCCGAUGUGGAAGGCCUUGCGAAAGAAGGCACAGAACCAUGUGCGUUUGCAAGAAUGGGAGCUGGCGAUUGAGGACUUCCGCCGUUACCUCAGCAACGUGGGUUUGUGCCACAAAACAUCGUGCGAGGUAUCAGAAGAGCUCCGCCAUUGCCGACGGGAGUUGAAAGCAAAGGAAGAGAAGGCGAAAGCGGCCGACGAGAACCGGAAGAAGGAGUUGCUGCGAACGGCCCGGAACCACAAGUGCUUGGAGCAGUGGGAGUCGGCGAUUGCGGACUACCAGAGGUACCUCAACGACGUGGGUGUCCGCCACCCAACAUGGCACGAGGUAGCUGAUGAGCUCGACGAGUGCCGCCAGAAAGUAGAAGAGAAGAGAGUGAAAGCGGCAGAAGAGAAGCGGAAGAAGGUCGAAGACGAGAAAAGAAAGGAACUACUCCGAAAGGCACGGAGCCACAAGUCCUCGGAGCAGUGGGAGUUGGCGAUUACGCACUACCUGAAGUACCUGAACGAUGUUGGUGAUGGCCACCCAACGUCGGUCGAGGUAGCUCAAGAGCUCGACUACUGCAGACAGGAACAAGCCAAGGUUCGAGCGGCCGAAGAGGAACGGAAGGCCGAAGAUAGGAGGAGGAAAGCCGCGGACGAGGCCGCCCAGGAAGAGGCCGUCAGGGCAGAAGGGAGCGGAGGGGGGCAUUACGCGACCCUUUGGGUCAGGUCCAACGCCCCACGAAAUAAGAUCAAGGAAGCCUACCGCAAGUUGGCGCUCAGGCACCACCCCGACAAAAACCCAGGCAAUUCAGACGCCGCUCGCCAAUUUCGGGCAAUUAAUGAAGCGUAUGAGGUACUUAAGGACCAGGGCACACGCCGCGAGUACAAUCGUAAAUUGGAUGACGAAGAGCGCCUUGCACACAACAGACGCUACGACGACUUCAUGCGUCGCAGGGCCACCUCAUAGGGUUCCUGUUAUUUCAUGUGUGUUGGAGACAUGACCUAAAACAUGUGUGAUCUUCGCAAUCCGUUAUGGAGGUGGUUGUGUGCCAUGUAUCCACCAACGCAUUUCCGUGGGCACGGUUUGUCCGGUUGAAUCAAGAAGAUAUGAGGUGGGGCCAGAUCAUUGUUAUUUUCGUCAUCGCGCAUCUUCAUGGAUGCCUGCACGCCCUGUAGGUCAGGCGGCAAUUUGGACCAUCCAUCUGUGAAACAGCCGGCGGCACAUUCGAUGGACCUCUCUUCCUUGGCCAAGAAAUUUCUGGCUCAAUUAUUGUAGCGACAGGGUGAUGCCCUCCAUGUGUUAGCGAGAGGUAUUGCGUAUGUAUCCUGUGUGUCGAUCAGAUAGAAUUGCACUGAUAUAUGUUGAGGCGACGAGCUUCCUCUCGCGAGGAGAGUGAUGUGGGCGAGAGGCAGCAUGAUAACCUUAUGAUUCUCCACCAAAAGAGGUAGUCCAGAUGAAUGAACCGAGUUGGAUUUGGUUCAAUGUGUAUGGAAAUGGGCAUCGAGACGACGUGACGUGGAAUCGACUUGCGUUGCAUGCCUCGGGCAAGAAGCAAAUCGACAUAGGGCAGAAGAACCAAUCACUUCGAAUCCAGUGAAUGAACAUCAAGUGGGCAACAUGAGCACGAAAAUGCGAUCAUGUAUCUCGGG